AUGAGCGACGCCCCGGUCGCGGACGGGCGCCCGGGUUGGGCCAGGACCGCAGUCCAGAGGUCCUUCCGGUGCAAGACCGAGGCCGAGGUCAUCGCGACGGCCCGCGGCCCCGGCUCCGACGCCUCCGGCUCUGGCCACGGCGCGCUCCGCCGCACCCUCGGCCCCUGGGACGCCAUCGCUUUUGGCGUUGCAAGCACGAUCGGCGCCGGCCUGUUCGUCACGACCGGUCGCGCGGCCCGCCACUUCGCCGGCCCCGCCGUGCCGCUCUCCUUCGCCGCCGCCGCCGCCGCCUGCGCGCCGCCGGCGCUCUGCUACGCCGAGCUCGCGGCGAAGCUCCCUGUCGCCGGGUCGGUCUACAGCUUCGCCUACAUCACACUCGGCGAGGUGGUGGCGUGGUUGAUGGCGUGCGCACUCACGCUGGAGCACGCCGUGUCGGCGUCGGCCGUCGCGCGCGGCUGGGCGUACUACGUCGCGGAGCUAUUCGUGGAUUUAGGUCUUCCGUUGCCGCGCUGGACCUAUGAGGUGCCGUGGCGCGGAGACGGCACGCCGCUGUGCCCGCUCGCGGCCGCCGUGAUCCUCGUGUGCACUGCCGGGCUGCUGUCGGGCGCGAAGGAGUCCAGCCGGCUCAACAGAAUCAUUACUAUGAUGAAUGGCUUUCUCAUAGUCUUUAUCGUGGUUCUUGGGGCCACGCACGUCGCCCCGAACAACUGGACGCCGUUCGCGCCGCACGGAGCCGCAGGCGUACUCUCCGGCGCGUCGUACGUCUUCUUCAGCUUCAUCGGCUUCGACGCGGUGUGCACGAUGGGCGAGGAGCUUGCCAAUCCGCGCCGCGACCUCCCGAUGGGCAUCGCGGGGUCUCUGGGGGUAGUAAUGCUGAUGUAUGUGGGGGUGUCCACAGUCCUGACGGGCAUGGUGCCCUCGGACGAGCUGGACCUGCACGCGCCCCUCGCAGCCGCGUUCCGCGUCGUCGGCGUGCCCUGGGCGUCGAAGAUCGUCGCGCUCGGCACCGUCACGGUGUUGACGGCGACAAUCUAUUGCACGAUCUACGCCCAGCCGCGGCUCCUGAUGUCCAUGGCGCGCGACGGGCUCCUCCCCUCGGCGUUCCGCACCAUCUCCGCUAGGUCCCACGUCCCUGUCUUCUCCACGGCCGUCACGGGCGGCGCAGCGGCUGCCGUAGGUCUGGUCGUCUCUGUCGAGGCUCUCACCGACGUCAUUUCGAUCGGCGUGCUCUCCACCUUCAUCGUCGUGUGCGCGUCUGCGCUCAUCCUCCGGUACCGCGGAGCCGCGCUGUCGACCAAGCCCGGCGCUGCAGUGCGCAACGCAAUGUGUAGGGCUGCCAGCACGCUGCCUCCCGGCGGGUGGGUCGUCGCGGCCGUCGCAUCGUCGCUGGCGCUCAACUGCGCGGUCACGACGCACGUCAACGCGCAGGGCGCCGGCGAAGUCAAACUCUGGCCGCCCUGGGCGCUGGUGCUUGUGCUUCUUCUUGUACUUCUCCCGCCUACAGCGCUGUCGUGGUACGAGGAGGCCGGCGCCGUCCGGCAGGUCGCGGCAGAGGAGCCGCUCUUGCGCGGCGAUGCCGAUGGAGAGGGGGACGGAGCGGGGGAGGACCAGUCGGGAAUCCUCGACUCGGAGCGCAAGUUCAAGUGUCCGUGGUUCCCGUGGCUGCCGUGCGCCGGGAUCGCGGUCACGACGCACCUCAUCAUGCAGUUCUCGGGCGUCGCGCUCGCGCAGGCGGGCUGCUUCGCCGCUGCGUCAUGCGCCGUGUACGCCACCUACGUCCUUCUGCCGAAGAUCUACAAGCACGGAAGCGAGGACCUCAGAGGCCCUGACGACGUGAACGAAGAGGACGCACCGUGA